AUGAGUUCAAAUGGUCUGUUCCUUAUAUCAUAUCUGGUAACCCUUGCAAUGAGUUCAAAUGGUCUGUUCCUUAUAUCAUAUCUGGUAACCCUUGCAAUGAGUUUAAAUGGUCUGUUCCUUAUAUCAUAUCUGGUAACCCUUGCAAUGAGUUCAAAUGGUCUGUUCCUUAUAUCAUAUCUGGUAACCCUUGCAAUGAGUUCAAAUGGUCUGUUCCUUAUAUCAUAUCUGGUAACCCUUGCAAUGAGUUCAAAUGGUCUGUUCCUUAUAUCAUAUCUGGUAACCCUUGCAAUGAGUUCAAAUGGUCUGUUCCUUAUAUCAUAUCUG